AGCGAUGCUAACAACAACAACAAAAACAGAAUUCACACUUCUCUCGCCCCCGUUUUCCAAACUUACCUCGUAAAUACGAUCAUGUCAAGUUAUACGUUCACCGUGCCUCCAGUCCGCGGUCCGGUUUGACUUCACCACCGGGAAAAAGUUGGUAUAUGUCCGCUCGUUUGAAGCUACUUGGCUAACGUUAGCAGCAGGGGAGCCAAGUUAGCUAAAGAAGCUAAUGUGACAGUAACUUCAGAUGGAUUGAGUGUUCAAACUAAAAGACGAUGCCACGCAUGCAGUCCGGUGUGUGGAGGCAUUUUACUCCGGCCAUCAACAAUGGUAGGGAAAACUUCAUGUGCAACUACUGUGCAAGGACGUACACAAAGAAUGCUACCAAGAUGCAGAUGCAUUUGGAUAAAUGCAAGGAGUACUCUGUGGUUUCACAGCAGUCACCAGAGCCUGAUGGGAGCUCUGCUGCCUCCAUCCCUGUUCCCUCCUUCCCAUCCUUACCAUGUGCUGCUCCUGGGGGACAGUUCCUCAUUGAUUCAGUGGAUCAGCGCACCCAGGCGUUGGCUGAUGAGUGUCUGGCUCGAGCUGCGUACGCCACAUCCUCGCCCCUCACUCUUACAGACAAUGUUUAUUGGAAACGAUUUUUCAACGUCCUGCGGCCUGCUUACUGUCCACCCACUGCAGAGGCUCUGUCCUCUCAUCUGUUGGACUGCGAGUAUGACCGGGUGCAAAACCAGGUUCACGACGCGAUAGGGAAAGCAGACUGUGUCACAGUCAUCUGCAGCGGCUGGUCGAACAUUAAAGAAACUAAAACUAUCAUUUAUGUUGUGGCAACUCCUGUACCGCUGCUCUAUAAAUGCACAAACAUGAAAGAGCAGUCACAUGCAAGCGCUUCUAUUGCUGAGGAACUGAAAGAAAUCAUAAACGAGGUGGGACCUCAAAAGGUCUUUGCUGUCAUGACGGAUGACGCCCCGGAUAUGAUGGCUGCCUGGGCUCAAGUAGAGGAAGCAUUCCCUCACGUAUCAGCUAUUGGCUGCACAGCGUAUGGCAUCCAGCAGCUCUUUGGCGACAUGGUGGAACAGCCGUCUAUUAAAGCAUUGUGCAGGAGAGCCGAGCAGGUGCUGACGUAUGUUAGAGAACGGACAUUAUUAGCAGAGACUUUUAGAUGCUGGCAGACCUCAAAGAUAAGAAACCACACUUCUAAUGGAGCAACACCGGCACUUCCUGGUGGCUCUGACCGGACUGGUGUGCUGGACACGUUCAGCAGCCUCUUGGAGGGUCAGACGUCUCUACAAGAGAUGGCAGUCUCACCCACACUGAACGUUGAAGCAUCCAUCAGGGCUACUUUACAGGAUUCUGCAUUUUGGAAAGGGUUGAUCAGCAGUCACAACCUGCUGUACAUGAUCGGGAAUUCUAUUGAUUACAUGAAAAGAGAAGAUACUGUGCUCUCUGGUGUUGUUGACAUGUUCAGUCAGUUAAGAUACCACAUUGGAGCCACUCUGUCUGGGUCUGUGCUGCACAGUACUGAACAGAAAGCUGUCUUGGCAUCAUUAGACAGGUGUCAGGAGUUCUGUGUAAAGCCCAUCCAUGCAGCAGCGUACAUGCUUGAUCCGAAGUAUGUUGGACAGCAGACACUCUCCGGGGAGCAGAUUAACAGUGCUUACUACGUGAUAUCCAACCUGUCACACCAUCUAAAUCUAGACGAGGGUAAAGUGCUCGGCAGCUUCGCCAGGUUCUCAGCCAAGCAGGGACUAUGGAAAGGGACUGGGAUAUGGAGCUCAUGCCAGCACGUGUCUGCAUCCACCUGGUGGAAAGGGCUGUGUUCCUCUGAACCGCUGUCAGCCGUGGCCUCAGCUAUACUUCAGAUCCCACCGACAGCGGGAGCUUGUGAAAGCCUGCGGUCGCGUUUCGGAAGUGAAAAGUUUGAAGGUUCUCUCUCAGCUGACAGGGUGCAGAAACUGGUGGCAGUGCAAGUGAAUCUCAACCUUUUAGAUCCAAGUAAGUGUGAGUACGCUCCACUGGAAAGUGAGGAAGAGAGGAAAGUUUUAUUUCAGUCUGAGACUCAGUAAUAAGUAGAGCCCGACUGAUUUUUGGGGGCAAAUAGGGAUUUUGGAUUUAUCAGCCAAAAUAUGUAUUUUAAAACUAAAAAAGCACAGAAGUCUGCCAAGACUCAGCCUCAUAAAAUCAAUCAAGCCACACCAAAUUGUACAAACUCAUAAAUGUGACAGAUUUUUCUCAUCUAGAUACAGUAUAUGCAAUAUUCCCUGGGAAGGUGACGGGAAAGUCAAACAAAUUGAUGGGCUCUUUCCUGACCGGUGCCACACAAUUCCACCAAGUUUCGUUUCGUAAUCUGAACUUUUUUAUGUAAUGCUGCUAGAAUAGAAAAACAAUUGCUGCUGAAAACAUAACCCCCUUUAUAUAUAACUGAGGCCUGAUAAUUUAAAGUUUAACCACAAACUUUACUAUUAACUUAUAGCAUACCAUAAAUUAUUUAUGUAAAUGCACAUAUUUUCUGCGUUGUUUAUUCUGUAAAGUAAAAGUUUUCAUAUCGGCAAAUAUAAAUGCCAAUACCGAUAUUUCUGUUAAAGGGUCAUAUUGGCGGAUUCAUAUCGGCCAACCAAUGAAUCAUUUGGACUCUAAUACUAUGAUAGAAAUGAGAUAUGAUGCAGAAUGUAAAGCGUAUCAUAUCACAUAGAUCGUUUGUUGCAGAACGCUGUUAAUUUAUUGAAUGAUUACAAUGUGGAUAUAAUCUGAACUUUCUCAGCUGUGACUGCACUGUGCUCACUUUAACCGAAGGAAAAGCUUUGAUUUGUGUUUUAAUCCCAUACAAUGCAAACUCACGUAGUUAGUUUUCAACUUCAUAAUCACAACAUGACACAUUCGCUGAGUAAGUAUGGUGCAGGGUAAAGGACAAAAUGAAGACGAGUGAAAAGCCAGCUGAGGUCAUGUCAGCUGCAGAUCUGGCCAAUGACGAGCCAGCGCUGGUAACUGAGAGGUAACUGGAUAUGUAACUGACUCAGCAGGUGACCAGCAGUAAUUUGUCCCUCACCCUGCACCUUAGAUGAAGAAAUAAAGAUGAGUCUUCUUUGUUAAGACUGUUGACAUGGUGUAAAUAAAAGCUUUGUUUUUAUUGAA